ACUUGCACUUCAUGUAGAUGGUGAAAUUUAUGAAGUUUUUUACUCUAUCUCUAUGUCUAUGAAUGAGGGAAAUUGGGGUGAAAUAGCAGUGAAUUUUUGUUGUGUGCUGUUCGUUUGUUGGAGCUGAAUUCCAUUAUAAUGGGGCGACCAGGAUUGAGGAAUUAUGAUGAUGAUUAUGAAGCAAGACGUGGAAACAGAAAGAGAGCAAAAUAUUCCGGUGAAGUAAAGAUUAGUGACAAUCUCACGCAAAAGAUUUCAAGAUUAGAGAAUGCUGAUGAAGAUUAUGUUGAGUUUUUGAAGCUACUCUACAACUAUGAUAUAAAUUCUCAGUCAUACACAAAUGAACAUGGAAAUGAUGUCAGCUAUGAUGAGGUUGAGGUUGAGGAUGAGGAUGAGGAUGAAACUGACCCGCAGUACAAGAUAUUUUUGGCUAAUGCUAAGCGUGAUGGGAGGUCAUAUAUCCUUAACCUCAAUAGAAAGGAUGAGUUUCCUGUGUCCAUAAAGUAUGAAAAAGAGAGUGAGUGUAAUAAUGGGUGCAAAUGUUUCUGUUGUAAAAUACAGAAAGAUAUGGAGACGCAAAAGGAUGCUGUGGAUGAGGACAUCUCACUCAAUAAAUGUAGCAAAGAUGAGCUAAAAAAUCGGAGAUUUCCAAGGACUGAUCCCAAGUAUGAUAGCAAUAGAUCCAUGGGAGGCAUGGAUGUGAUAUUUGAGCCUUCCGAUCCUAUUUCUCAGAGAAACAAUGGGAAUAUGAGCCGGAAGCUUAGCACGGGGAAAUGUGGUGCAUCCAAGAGGCAGGGGAAGUGUGAGACUAAGAUAAAGUCGUGUGAGGAGAAGAUGAUGGAAAAAGGGAGUAAACUAGUUCAUGUCAGAGACAAAGAAAAAGCAUCUGAUGUAAGUGAAGAUUAUGCGUUACUCCUGGAGAAUCUUCAAUGUGAAAAAUGGGGCAUGAAAGCCUCGUUAAGAAGCGAUUGCAAUAUUAAGUAUGAAGCUACUGAUGAUGACCUUGAAAUCCUUUACGACAGUAAUGAUAUGCUCAAGAAGAAAUGUGAGCCGUCUGAGUUCAGGAAGAAAGUCACGGAUCUUCUGAAGAAGCCUUACAAUCCAAAGGAGUACAAAGAACUAUGGACAUAUGUAAAUGAUCAAAAACCAGUGGAAAGGAAUAUGGAAUCGCGUAGAGGGGGAGUGAAGUCUUACAAGACAAAAAAAAUGGGAAAAUCAUAUCUGGAGUACUAUACAGACCUUAAGGAAAGGCUUAAAGAAGUUGGUAAUAACGAGAGGAAGAAGUUGAAGAUCAUGCGUGGCUUUUCGUUUUGGUUACAGAAUCUCACUAAUGCAGGAGCCUUCAAACCUUGGAACGAUACUGAGUUUCUUGCACGGGUACGUGAAUCUAGUUAAAGAAGUGAUGCACUUCCAGUCCGAAUUUUACCGAUUAAUCACUCAAAGACAGCCACUGGAACAUGUAUAUGAUGUAUGUUGUGGUGAAGACUGAAAUCAUGGACUCCAUUUUAUAAAAAAUCAGUAUAUCAUACAGGAAAGCAAACGUAGACGCGGAUCAUCUUGUGAAUUUUCUGCAUAGCCGCGGAACUUUUUGUUUCUUAUUUUUGUGAUACUUCCUAGCUUUCCCUCCUGUCCUUAUUUUUUGAAGGCCCUGGGAAUUUUGUACAUUCUCAAACAAGGAUGUAAAUGGAGUUGAUUCAGUGUAUGCAAAAGUUUGCAUAUUAGUCUUUUUUGGACUAAUUUUUCCUUUGUAAGGUGGCAAGGAGAAUAUCAUAGUUCU